GUUGUGUCCAUUUAUCGCUGCUUCUGUCUGGUAGUGAUUACAUUAAAGGUGAUUGGGUGAACCCGUGUCACGUGACCGUCCUCGACAGGAGUUUCCACGACAGCUGAGUAGCAGCUAAAUGCGUUUUUUCACCUGUAACAUAGAUCAUUUUAACUCCACUGAGUCGAAGUUUCGUAAAAUGGGUGACAAGAAGAGCCCCACAAGGCCAAAGCGGCAAUCGAAGCCCUCCGCCGACGAUGGGUACUGGGACUGUAGCGUCUGCACGUUCAGGAACACCGCUGAGGCGUUCAAGUGCAUGAUGUGUGAUGUCAGGAAGGGUACGUCAACUCGAAAACCACGGCCUGUUUCUCAGCUGGUUGCACAGCAAGCGAAUCAGCAGUUUGUACCCCCCAUGCUCCCCAAAAAGGAGAAGAAGGAAAAAUCUGAGAAAGACAAGAGCGAUAAAGAACCAACACUGAAAAAGAAAAGCCAUAAAAAGAUGAGGCCCCGGUUAAAAAACAUAGACAGGAGCAGCGCCCAGCAUCUAGAGGUCACAGUUGGAGACUUGACAGUAAUAAUCACAGACUUUAAGGAGAAAGCCAAACCCACGUCCACUUUGACAAGCGCCGCCUCAGCAGACCAACACAGUCAAAGUGGCUCGAGCUCUGAUAACACUGAACGAGGGGUCUCCAGAUGCUCUUCGCCCCACAGGGAAGGCUCACCGGUUAACGGAGAGACUCGCUAGCCUUCACACUCCCAGUUGGCACGACCCGUUCUUCUGCACUCUCUACAGCCUCAACGAGUGAUUUAAACUUCAACAUGCAUUACGUACUAACACUAUGAAUCCCAUUGUGAUAGCAUUCACCUCUCUUUGGGGCUGUAUUUUUAUUUUUUUUUUCACUGCCUUCCCGUGAUGAUGAAGAAUUCGGGAGUCGGGACGUACGCUGUACACUCGACUCAAAAAGAACUGUUGCCACAAAGAUCUGUCACGAUGGACUGGAAAAAAGGAACGGUAGCAUUUAAAUCCUGGAUUUCUGCCACAUGUUGUGGUUGCUCGAGUUCUAACGUCAGCGUUGCACGGGGUUAGUCGUUGCUGCGCAGAAUACUUGGCGCAUUAUGAAAGAAAAUGAAAAAGUCAUCUUAGAACUGUAGUUUAUCCUUGAAUUGUGUUAUCGUUAUUUGCACUUAAUGGCAUUCUAUGUUCAUGAUUAAAAAGAAAAGACGUGUGCAUUAUUUCCACUUUUCCCAUUAUCAGUAAAUCAUAACACUGUGGUUACUGGCUUUAUUCAGCUCUCAUUUUAUGCCAUUGGAUGCAAUCUUCUUUUUUUUUUACUGUACUGUAACAUUUGAGUAAAAGUAAUGAAUAAUUAUUGAAAGUAUGCUUCUCAUUCACUUGGUAGAGUUAAGCAUGAUUUAAUCUCUAGAAUGGUUUAUAUUGUAAAAUAAUGUUAAAUAAAACAAGUUGUAGAUA